UGUCAUCACCACUUGUGAGUCAUCCGUACAGGUUUGUUUUUUCACCCGUUGCUCCUGUUGGUGUGUAUGCGGUGAGUACAUGGUGAAGUUAGAUUAGCGCUCUAGUCGUAUAGCUAGACUGAAACGUGUCAGAAGGAUUUGUGUGUCAGGGGCGGUGGAGCGACUCGCAAGUUAAGUUGAGGGAGAGGCAUGAAAGUACCUCAGAGUUUAGUCUACAUGAACUACGAGGAGUUGACAGUGUUAGAAUAUGUGGAGGCCCAGGCCAUUUCAACGAAGCAAAAACAAAGGAUUAUUGUGUGAAGCGGUGGAGAGAGGUGAUAUUCAUUCAGUAACGCGUCUUUUAGAGAUGGGAGUUGAUAUCAAUACACGUGAUGAGUAUGAGGAUUGCACUCUUCUGAUGCGAGCGUGUUGGAAUAAUAAGAAGGAUAUGGUUGAGUUGCUGCUCACUAAAUUAGCAGCUGUCAACGAGACUAGUGGUGAUGAUGGGUAUACAGGUUUGAUGAUAGCAGCAUUGCAGAGAUAUGAAAAUAUUUUCGAUGUGCUAUUGAUGACCAAAGGUAUUAAUGUGACAAAGGCAGAUCAUAGGGGAAGGACAGCCAUCCAUUGGGCUGCAAUGAGGAAUCGUGUGACCAUUUUAGAGAGACUUCUGUCUUGUUCUAUUUCUGUUGAUAUCAAUGAUAAUGAUGGUUGUACACCACUAUGGUGGGCUGUCUAUAACGGUCAUUUACGUUGUGUCGAGGUUCUUAUGAAACAUGGAGCGAGUCACCAACAUGAGAGUGAGAGUGAUGGAUCACCACUGGAGAUUGCCAAGCGGCGUGGUCACAGUGAUGUGGUUGAGAUGAUGGAAGAAUCCAUAAGAUUGAGAUCUCAUGUCUUUGUGGAGAGAGACAUGCCUAUCACGAGACAGCAAUAUGAACAGCAAAUUGCUGAUGAAGUCGAGAAGAUGAAAGAAGAAUUAAGACAAUCAGCCCUGGUCCACGAGAGUGAAGUGACGAGGCUGAGAAAUGAGAUGGAAUAGAAAGAGAAGGAAAUCAGAUGUCUCAAAAUUUCAGCAGCUGAUAGAAUAGGACAAGCACACACGUUCAGAUGCAUGUACAGUAGCAUGACAUUUGCCUUCGGUGUUCUUAAUGUUUAUUUUGUCUUGGACUGGUUGCAUUUGGAUUUACAUAAUACAAUAAUAUG